AGUUUCAGUAUUACCUCACUGAGUGUCGCUCCCUCACUCUCUGAACUCUCUGUUCACACUGAGCUGCCUGUAUCACAGGAUGACCCGCUGGACUCUUCUCGCUCCCGUCCUGCUGCUCCUGCUGGGCCUGUUCAUCCACAGCGCUCUCAGUCAGGAGGCUGGAGACCCAGCAAAUGCACCACCCACACAAGGCCAAGCAGCUGACAGCACACAGGGAGAGGAUGAAGACGCGGACUGGGGACUAGGGACCCUCCGCGGCAGCUUUGAGGCCGUCGGCGGAUACUUUGACUCCAUGCUGGAGUUCAUGGGCGGACGUGACGGAGUGUGCCAAUACCGCUGCAGAUAUGGUAAAGCUCCUGUUCCUCGUUCGGGCUACCAGAUGCCAGAACCAAAUGGAUGUAGCUCCUACUUCUUCGGUCUUCCUAUUCCAGAAGGGAUGGACAUGGGCAUCCCUGCCAUGACUAAGUGCUGCAAUCAGCUGGAUAUGUGUUACGACACCUGCGGCUCCAACAAGUAUCGCUGCGACUCCAAGUUCCGCUGGUGCCUCCACAGCAUCUGCUCAGACCUCAAGAAGAGCCUCGGCUUCGUGUCCAAAGUGGAAACAUGUGAAACUGUAGCAGACACCUUCUUCAACACAGUGUGGACUUUAGGCUGCAGACCGUACAUGAACAGCCAGAGGGCAGCAUGCUACUGCCCGGGAGAGGAGAAGGACGAACUUUAGAUGAACAACAGGAUCUUCUGUAUUUAUAAAACAGCGUCAGCAGCGACCACAUUCCCGGGUGAUUUGCUCCGAGUUGUGGUGUUGUAAAGGUGGAGUAAUUUAUUAGGAAGUUCUUGCUUUUAUCGUUUUUCAAUUCCUUAUGAAAACUGUAUUUGUGUAUGUGUAGUGUUGGUUUAAAACAGUCUGUAAUGACACAUGACGGAGUUUCAGAGGCAGUAACUGGUUCACAGCACAGCUGCUAAAUGUUAUUAAAAAAUAAAUGUAAUUCUUUUAUUUGAUGGUGCAUUACUGACAAAGUCAGCCCUUAGUUAAAGCCAUAAAAAUACAGGAGAACUUUUGUCUGUAUGUAUGUGAAGUUUCUUCCUGUUAAAAGGGAGUUUUUCCUUCCCACUGUCACCAAGUGCUUGCUCAUAGGCUUUCAUGCGAUUGUUGGAGUUUCUAACACUGUCGGGUCUUUACUGUACAAUAUAAAGCGCCCUGAGGUGACUGUUGUAGAGAAUUGGUGCUUUAUAAAUAGAACUGAGGUGAACUGAAUUUCUUUUGCAUUAAAAACAGUUUCAAAGAUAAACAAACACUAAACCUUUUGUCGUUCCAUCAUUUGCUUUGCACACUGAAGGAGUGGACAGAUGUUUUCACGCAUGUAUUAGCCAGUAGUGCUGGGUGUAACUUGCUACUGUAACCACAUUACAUUUUUUGGUCAGGCAGUAAUAUGAUUCUGCAUGAGCAGUGAUAAAUUACAGCAAUGCAAUCACAUUACAGACACUAGUAAUCAAGCAAUUACGUUAUCACUCACAGUGCACAGGGUCUUUAAUUACCUACAUAUUGGACGUCAAAUGUGCCUUUGUCCUUCUCUCUGGGAGGCGGCCAAAACAGUUUUAACACAAAGAGCAUAACAUUUAUCUCAAUUUUCAUCUUAUCUGUUUAAUUUACUGAUAAAGGCUUGUGUGCUGAAACACUUCAGGUCAAACACAAUGCUGUGAUUAUAAGGGUAUUUUCAAUUUUAUUUAAAAUGUGAGUGCCUGGGAAUUUUUUGAUGUUUUCUUCAUCUCAGGCCAUUGUUAACCAGUUCCCAAGCCUCACCCAAACGUUCCCCGAACAUGAACACAACUCAAGAUACUCAGAUUACUUCCUUUAUGAAAGACCAUAUUCAGCAUCAUGUGAAAAAUACAGAUUAGACCUGAAGGUGGCGCUAUAUAAGAAGAUCCUUCCACAA